AUGGAUAAUAAUUCAUCACAUAUCGACUAUAAUAUAGAUGAUCUCCCAUUCAUUGGUACCGAAAAAUCUGAAGAAGAAAUUCAACGAGUAACCACCAACGAAGAUUAUACAACUGGAGAAAAAGCAAUUUACAUACUAGAAGAUGGCACCAAAGAUCAAAAAAUCGCUGUUCUAUCGAACCUUAAUAUAUAUGCUGAAGAAAAAAACUGGAAUGAUAUCUUAGAUAUUAUUAUUGAAAAUAUUAAGCGCUGGGAAAGAGGCUCCAUGUCAAAUGACUGCGGAAAUUUGAGAGUGCGACAUCUCAUAGGGGAAAAUUUGUUCGAAUCAUUUUUUUGAUAGUGAGACAUUUGACCGUAAAAACCGUUAAAUUUCGACUAAAUGAGCACACUAUUUAUAAAUUUCGACCAAAAGUACUUCGGUGAAAUGGACACUAUCAAAAAGGCACUAUCAUUGGACCUGCACCCCUGGGAAGAUACUAUUCAAUUAGCAGCUGGAAUUGGGUUUAAUAAAGUGAUAAAAAAAAUUGAGCUAGAUUAUGAAGAUUUUGAGGCAAUAUUUAAAGCCACAGCCACUGUCCUUGGAAUGUGAACUUCAGAACCCUCUGAGAUCGUAGAUGCCUGAAAUACACUUUUUGGGACUUUAUGUGAAAAAGGUGACAGAAUUUUAACCCAAAUCCACUUCAUUCCAUUUAUUAUUUCCCAAGCUGAAUGUGUACAGUAUUAUAUGACAAGGGCCAACGCAUGCAUUUUGAUAGGAAAUUUAUCAAAGCACGAUUUUGAUUCAAAAAUGCAUGAGCUUGUAUAUAAGCUUAUGCAGGAUGCAUUUAUCAAAGUAAGAGUCAAAAUGGCUGAAAAUUUGCCAAAGAUCUCUGAUUAUUAUUUACCUCAUAAAGAAGAUGAGCUAUAUGUAUUGCUUCUGUCUUUGAUAGAAGACCAAAGCUCAGAAGUUAUGGUGGCAUCAAUUAAAACUUUUGCAGAAAUUGUAGAAAGUCUUCCAGAAAAUAUUAAUAAAAAACUCCUGCCAAAUAUUUAUAAAUUAUGGUUCAAGGCAAGCAAUCAGACUAUUAUAGAUGAAUUAUCAAAAAAUCUAGGGAAAAUUCUAUUUGGGUUAAAACCACAGCUAAAAACAGCAGAGAUUAAAACUGAUUUAUUGAUAUUGCUGAAUAGGCUAAUUACAUAUGAUAGAGCAGAUAUAAGGAAAAAUGUUGCUUUUAAUUUCCCAGGAAUUAUUCUAGCGCUUGGAGCUGUUUGCUUUAAAGACAGACUAAAAAUUGGAUAUGAAGCAUUAUGCCAUGACUCUUCAUCAGAAAUAAGAAAAAUUAUUUCUAUAAGUUUCCAUGAGAUUGUAAAAAUUUUGAACCCAAAAGUUCAAUCUUUAGUCCCUUUAUUUAAUGAAAUGAUAAAAGACCCUGUCACACAAUGGAAUAUAAUAUCAAAUUUACAUUUAAUUUCACAGUAUAUAAAUUUAAAUGAGCAAGAGAAUUUAUAUCAAUAUUUAAUACAAUUAUUAGAUAUUAUACCGAACUGGAGAAACACUAAUACUUUAUUAUCGCAAAUGAAUCUUAUUUUACCCCAAAUUCCUUUAUGCAUUGUUUCAGCACUUUUAUACCCAAAACUUGUAAUGCUAAUGCACAAUGCUAAUUUACCAAUAAAGCAGCAUAGCUCAAAAAUUGUCGUUCAAAUACUUAAACUUUGCCCAUAUGAACUUCGACAGUUGCUAUCUGAUAAAAUAAUCCAAAACUUUGCUCAAUCAGCCCAUGCAGCUGACAGAAAAAUUUUUAUUGAUUUUUGCAUUCACACAAAAGAAUUUUGUUCAAGAAAUGCAUUUAAAAACUUAUAUUUCCAGCCAUUAUUGCAGCUAUCGAAAGACAGUGCUAAAGAUAUUAGGCUGAAAUUUCUUAUUGAGUACCCAAAUUUACGUGAGAGAAUUUCCUCAAAUGAUAUUAUAGCUUCUAAUGAUAUAGAUUUGGUGCUAGAAGAAAUGCAUGAUGAUAACGAACUAAUCAUCAGGGAAAUGGCUGAAAAGGUGCAAGGAAUUGUUACAAGUGAUGGCUACUGAAAAACCAUUAAUAGCCCAGAUGCUUUGCUAAAAGAUAAGCUACUGCUUCAUACAGAAACUGAUUUAAAAGAAGGAGAAAUGCCAAAAGUUAUUGAAGAAGAAACAAAAGGAAAAAGGACGACGAAGAAAGCUAACACUUAUACUGUAAAAAGUGGGAGUAAUGGAGUAAAGUCACCAAAUUUAACUAGAGCAAGUCUGCAUCAGACUCAGAAAAUAUUAAGUCCAAAUGCACCAAGAGUGUCCAUUUUUAGAAAGGACGGAAAAAGAAUGUCUUUAGAUGAAAAAAUUAGCUCACCUUUAGGCUCACAUUUAAGUAAGACUUUGGGAGCAGGAUCAAGAAAGCAGUUAUAG